AUGGGUCAUCGGGACGACAUCAUCGCGGCUAUGGUGGUCUUCUUAAUAGUUGAUACUAUCGCCAUAGCUGCCCGCCUCUAUGUUCGAACAAAGAUGCUUACGCGGGGUUUCGGACUAGACGACGUCGUGCUCAUUAUUACAUAUAUUGGGUUCGUUAUAUCCUGCGCCAUGGGCUUCACGUCUAUACGAUACGGCUAUGCUGCUCUAGACCAACAACCGUACUACGAUAAAACUAAGGCGACACAGUUCUUAUUCGCCAACCAGUUGGCACUAUACAUCAGCGCGGGUCUAGUAAAACUAGCUGUGGCAUUGGUUCUCUACCGUUUAGCAUCAACGAAGCACCUACGCUGGGUGUUGAUAGGGUCUAUGGCUAUCGUAACUAUAUGGACUAUAGUAAUGACGAUAUUCGCUUCGUGGCCUUGCGCUCAGAGUGGCUCUAGUAACUGGGCCGGCAGUAAGGCAUGUACGCAAGUUGGUUAUUUCCGCACCAUCACCAACAUCUUCAUCGACUAUUUCUACGCGCUGUUACCGAUAUAUAUACUCAGAAAGGCUCGCAUGAACACGAAAUUGAAGAUAUCCGUAAUCCUGUUGCUAGGGUUAGGCGCAUUUGCAAGUUCUGCUACUAUCGUCAAGCUGGUCAUCAUAGUUAGGCUGUCGACAGCCAAAGGCGAGGCGGCCCAAGCCUUACAUUACGACCUACUCCUCUGGGCUGAUAUCGAGUUAGGGCUAGCCACCUUCGCGGCAUCCGCGGCAGCCUUGCGACCAUUGCUGAAACAUAUACCAGACAUCUGGAGUAAGGCUCGAACUUCAAAUAGCCACGGAACGAACGGGGCCGCUGGUCCCUAUCUCUCGCUCGGCGUCAGUAAUGAGAUGCACCCAGUGAAUAAGUGUGAAAGCAGGGCAGUCCACAGUAGCGACACGGGGGAACAGAUAUAUGUUGUAUAA